AUGCAGAAUUAUACCGGGCAUUUUAGGUCUUUUUUAAAACAAGGAUUACAUUAUGGUAUUAGUAGAAGCCUAAGUCUUGGAAUUAGAUCGCCAAGGUUCAAUAUUUCAUCGUUGGCAUUUUCGAAGGAAGUAUCGAACGCCCUCAAGAAUGGACUUCCUUUAGUUGCUUUAGAGUCCACCAUCAUAACACAUGGAAUGCCCUUUCCAGAGAACCAACGAAUGGCCCUGGAAGUAGAAAAUGCUGUUAGGAAGUCUGGCGCUGUUCCUGCUACAAUCGCCGUAAUCGAUGGAAAGUGUACAAUAGGUUUGGAAGAAUCAGAACUGCAACGUUUGGCCAAAAUUGGCCCACUAGCUCGAAAAGUAUCUCGUAGAGAUUUGGGCUAUAUUACCUCCCAGAAGCUGAAUGGCGGAACCACGGUUGCUUCAACCAUGAUUUUAGCUGAGAAAGCUGGAAUCGAUGUAUUUGCGACUGGGGGAAUUGGAGGAGUUCACAGAGGUGCUGAAACUACAAUGGACAUUUCGGCAGACUUGAUCGAGUUAGGACGUACGAGAGUGGGUGUCGUGUGUGCUGGUGUUAAAAGUAUUUUGGAUAUUGGCAAAACCUUAGAAUUUUUAGAAACACAAGGUGUUCCUGUAGUAACGCUUGGACCCGAAAACUCUUCCUUUCCUGCUUUUUUUUCUCGAGAGUCUUCUUUCAAAAGUCCAAUGUGUUUGGGAUCUCCUGAAGACGUUGCCGCCUUACUUCACCAAAAUAUAAAGCUUAAUCUGCAAUGUGGUACACUUGUUGCAGUUCCUACUCCGGAAGAAUGCUCUUUAAGUUAUGAAACAAUGGAGUCCUUUAUCAAUUUAUCUUUAAAGAGAUGCGAAGAGCAAGGAAUUCAUGGUAAAGAUAUUACUCCCUUUCUCCUUGGUCAGUUAUUCCACUUAACAAAAGGCAAGAGUUUAAGCACGAAUAUCGACUUAGUUUUAAACAAUGCAAGAAAUGCUGCUUCUAUUUCUUCAUCUUUGGUUACACGUAAGCAGAGAAAUUCAUUUAUCCCCCAGAAUACAUCAUACAUUGAUGUUUCAGAACCCUUUUUGAAGGAUACUGCCUUGCUUACUCCAAAGAUAUUAGAAAGUUCUGCAUCCAAAAAACCAAAGGUGAUCUCGAUUGGAAGCGUAUCGGUUGAUUCUGUACUUACACUCGAUAAAAAUGCACAUCCUUCCAAGUUAUUGGGCACUUCACAUCCUUGCCGUACAACGCAAGCUUUCGGCGGAGUAGCCCAUAAUAUUGCGGUAGCUUCUUCGUUGAUAGGAGUUCCUACCAAACUGAUUAGUUGCAUAGGCGGUGACUCAGUUGCUACGACGGCCAUUCAAAGUUAUCUUGGAAAAUCUUCUUUACAGUAUAAAUUGAUUAAGAAAGAAGACUUCUCGUCCUGUUCAUACACCGCAGUCAACGAUCAUCAAGGAAGCCUCCUUUUGGCAGGUGCUGACAUGUCAAUUAUGGAACGGUUGACUUACAAAGAUGUAAAAGAAACUCUUGAUGAUUCUGAUUAUAUUUGCUUUGAUGGAAAUAUUUCUUCGUCCUUGAUGCAUGAUAUUGCAGUUCACAAGAGAGACGGUCAAAAGAUUAUUUUUGAACCGACCAGUGGGCCUAAAUGUGUUAAGAUAUUGGAUGUGUUGAAAAAUUCUUCCGUUGAUUAUAUUACACCGAACUUGUAUGAACUGGAUAUACUGUUUGAAGCUAUAAAGCAACGAGGUUUAUGUGAAACAGACAAAUGGUGGGAAACCAUUAAUUCUUAUGGAAUAACUUCUUCCUAUUAUACGCAGAUUGAAAGAUUGUCAAAAGCAGCCAAAUUUAAAGAAUUGACAGAGAAUGGGAUUUUGCAAAAGUGUUUACAUAUACUUCCAUUUGUUAAAAAUAUAAUUAUCAAGUUGGGCUCUAAAGGAGCCUUAUUAGUGAGCUCUGAUGAAAUUAAGGGGCUUCUAAUAAAUUCGAACAGUCUUUGUACGCCUGGCAAAGUAGUCCUAAAGUAUUAUCCUGUUCCGGAUGUAAUUAAAAAGUGCAUCAAUGGAAGUGGUACUGGAGAUACAUUCGUUGGAGUCCUGAGUGCAUUAUUAUCUGAAAAUAGGGGAAUGGAUGAUGCGAUAAAUACGGCUCAAAAAGCAGCAGGUAUGAGCUUACAAAGUAAAGCAUCUGUUAGCGAAGAAAUUAGGAGUCUUGUGAGUGAGUAA